UUUGUGCUAACAUGUAGCCAGCUAGCUGAUAUUAGCAUUAGCCUUUAAGUCACAGUUAGCUUAUUGCUCUUAUUUUGAAGGUCACGAAAACCGGAAGUCUAGUAAUUUAAUAAUUCCUGUUGUAAACUUUUAUUUUCUUGUAUAAAAUGUUCGCUUCCUGUUUACGUUUUAAUUAACCGUUAAUUAGUUAAAUUACACUUCUUUUUUUACCGCCUUUCAUUAAACCUAGGCCGCGCAUGCGCGCUGAUGACGUUGCCCUUAGCAACAGCCAAACGUUUGUUGGUACCGGCCCGUUACCGGUCCCGUUUGUCGGUUGAUCCGGUUUGUUUGACUCAAACUGUCUCUAACUGCGUCGAGCUGAGGCGGGAAAACAUCCGGAACCAUCAGGAAACAUUUAACGAACCUCUGGAUGGAUGACACGGUGAGGCCGCUCAGGAUCCCCCCGCAGAUGAACGUGUACGCGGACAAACACAACGUGCUGCACCUGGUCCAGACCUUGGUGUCCAGUCUGGUGAUCGAUCAGCCUGAAGAUCCGAUCAGUCACCUGAUCAGCCUGCUGAGGAGGAGCAGCUCCGACAUCCACAGGGUGAUGCUGCUCGGACCUCCUGCUGCAGGUAAACACACUGUGGCUAAGAAGCUGAGCUCCGAGCUGAGAGCUGUCCAUGUGACCACAGACGAUUUACUGAAGGACCAAUCAGAGCUGAGAGCUGUCCAUGUGACCACAGACGAUUUGCUGAAGGACCAAUCAGAGCUGAGCGCACGCCAACAUGUGCACAGAGAGCAGGAACUUCCUGCUGAGCUGCUGGCCGACCUGAUCCAACACAGACUGAAGCAGAUCGACUGCUUCAACCGGGGCUGGGUGUUGGAGGGAAUCCCUCAGACUCGUCUUCAGGCUCUGAGUCUGCAGCAGGCCGGAGUUAUACCUGAACAUGUAGUGAUGCUGGAGGCUCCUGACGGUGUGUUGAUGGAGCGCUCUCAGGGGAAGCUGGUGGACCCGCUGACAGGAGACUCCUACCAUCGCACCUUCAUCUGGCCGGACGACGACGCCGUCGCUCAGCGUCUGGAGGCGGAGCAGAGCCUGUCAGACGAGCAGCGAUUGGCUGAUCUGCGGCGUUACCGCUGUGAGGUCACAGGUCUGAGAUCGGCCUAUCAGCACGUCCUGAAGGUCGUCAGCUGUGACCAACCACACGCAGACGUGUACCAACAAGGUACACACACUUCCUGUCUGUGGUCACAUGAUCUACUCACUUCAACAGAGCUUCACUCUGAUGUGUGUGUGUGUGUGUCUGUCUGUGUGUGUGUGUGUGUGUGUCUGUCUGUGUGUGUGUGUGGCUGUCUCAUCCGGACUCGUCGUUGCUCCAGAAAACUCCCGAAAUCGCCUCCUGUUGGGUCCGCCGGGGUCGGGAAGAGUCCACCAGGCCAGAUGCUGCUGUCAGAGAAACACAAGGAUGUUGGACGUCCCAGACUCGCCGGUUUCUGCAAGGUUCUGGAGGCAGCGUCUGAGCCGAUGUUUUGGACUGCCGCAGAGAGGCUGGGUCCUUCCACGGGCUCCCCCGAGACUGCAGCAGGCCCCCCCAGGCGCCUGAAGGAGAGCCAGCACCAGCCCACAGAGUCUCUUCCUGGAGCUGGACUGAUUGACGGUGUGUGGACACGAGUCAGUUCUUCAGAGGACCGACCCGUUCGUGGGACCGCAGCAACUGGGCGGGCCGAAAGGAAACUGUCUGUCUGUCUGUCACCUGUCUGUCUGUCAGUGUGUUGUGGUCAUUUGUUGAGGUCUGUAUCAGCUGCUGGUUCAGCUCUGGGAGCAGAGAUCAAACCGUACCUGGAUGACGGGAGGCCAGUCCCAGACUCGCUGGUUCUGCAGGUUCUGGAGGAGCGUCUGAGCCGAGUGGACUGCAGCAGCAGAGGCUGGGUCCUCCACGGCUUCCCCCGAGACCUGCAGCAGGCCAAGAGCCUGAAGGAGAGCCAGCACCAGCCCAACAGAGUCUUCUUCCUGGAGCUGACUGAUGACGUGUGUGUGGACAGAGUCAGUCUCAGAGGGACCGACCCGCUCAGUGGACAGAGGUUCCACGCUGUGACUCGACCCGCUCCGAACUCCGAGGUCCAGAACCGACUGAGGACAAGACCCGAGGACAGCACACACACUGUGACACACACACUAAGCCAGUACAGGACACACACUGCAGCCCUGCAGUCUGUGUAUCCAGAUGGACUUCACGUUGAUGCUGAUCAGGAUCCUCACUCUGUGUUUGAAGCUCUGGAGAGCCGCCUGACGACUGAGUGACUCACCUGGACAGACAGGAAGUGGACAGACAGGAAGUGGACAGACAGGAAGUGGACAGACAGGAAGUGGACUCUGUCGUUCUCUCAUCGUUUAUUCAAAAUGUUUAAGAACAAAUAAAAUGUUAGUUAUCCGUCUGUGAACGGAGCUCUGUGUUGGGCGACAGAUUGCUGUGUAUGAAAUAUAGUGUAACGUUGAUGUAACGUUGAUGUAACGUUGAUGUAACGUUGAUGUAACGUGUAGGUUAAGAUGUGGGAAUGACGUUCUAAUAAAGCAGCUGAUGAUCAAA